CCCUUUCUCUGCUUGACACAGGGUGGAAUGUACGUCUUCCAGCUGUUUGAUUAUUAUGCUGCCAGCGGUACAUGCCUACUGUUCCUGGCCAUUUUUGAAAUCAUCUGUGUUGGCUGGGUGUAUGGCGACCUUCCUAUUUUCACUGACCAAGUACACCCCCCUCAAAUACAACAACUGGUACGUGUACCCUCCGUGGGGCUACGCUCUGGGCUGGUUGAUGGCUUUCUCUUCCAUGAUCUGCAUUCCACUCUACGUCAUUUUCAUCCUGCUGAAAACCAGGGGAUCACUAAAGAAGAUGCAGUAUUUCCAGAACGAGAUCACCCUGAGGCGGGUGACCCGUGCCCAGAAAGAGAGGAUGCUAAGGGAAGCGCUGCACCGACCAGGACCGUAUGCAGCAAUGCUCGUGGAGGCGAUGAUCCCUCUGUAUAUUCGGAUGUCCUGGCAAGGAAGAGUUUGCUUCAACGGAGCGCCCAACAAGGCACCUCUCCCAAGAAACCUCCUGCGGAGGCUUUUCGAGGAACUGUAUGACACCUUCGUUGAAUUGUCGCUAGAGGAUUUUUCUUCAGUCCCUCUUUGUGUGGACCUACUUUUCAUAUAG